AUGGAUGUACCCGUACUCCCCGAUCCCCCCGAGCCCGCGACCUCCGAUGCACCUCUGCCUCUUGCCAAAUCGCUCCGAUCAAAGACCACCCCCGCUGGUUUAGAUACGGCCGGUAGCUCUAAUCGAAGCAAUGGCCGCUCUUCAAUCGAUUCCACAUCGGACAGACCGAAGUCGCAAGCUGGGGAUGCUGAUUCGACCAAGUCGGGAUCAAGCGGUCUGUCAAAACUGCUUGCCUCGAGACGGAAACGCAAGAAGCAGAAGGAGAGCUUGAAGCUAGUUGACGAGUUACCUGCGACCAUCGAAUCCGGGAGUAUUGAUGGGACUCAGCGCGCCUUCUCAGAGACGUACCGUGAGCGAGCUGCUACUACCUCGUCAUUACCCGAGAACCAUAGUCCCCAGGAUGACACCUCCAAUCUUCUGACAGACGAUUCCGAGCCAGAUAGGACCCCGCCCCUCACGUCCCACGAUUCGCAUUCCGGCUUCUAUACCUCUUCCUCUCCGUUGAUCAAAACCACAUCAGCAAACGACACAGAUGAGACUCGAGGCGAUGCGGAAUCUGCCAUCAGCGGUACAACUGCAGACCACUCUAAUCCAGACACGGAACUGUCGCGACCCAUGAGCCAACCAAACUCUUUCACGUUAAGCGUGCCAGACCGCAAUUCGAAGAAAAGAACUGCUUCUCGGAGUCAGCGUCUUAAGAACGCCUUUACAUCCGACAAGAAAAGCUCGAAUCGAGACCGAGCAUCCUCCACGUCGGGUGAGAGUGCGUGGAGCAUUAGCCGCAGGAGCAGUUUAUCUUCGAAAAAGGCCCCUGAGAUACCUGCCGCGGAUCCGCCUCCCCCGAUUCCCUCAAUCCCAAAGCCAAUUCGCACCGAUUUAACCGAACCUAAAGUUCGAGAAUCACCAGAUGUCCCCCGUCUACAAACACCACCCCACACCGCGAUCCCCGCACCAUCCACCACGGUGACGCCCCCAACCCCGCAGUUCGAGCAUGCACCAGUUCUUUCUUCAUCCAGUCUCACGGAAUCACCGUCCUCAAUAAAAUCACGCGACUUGCCGCCUGGAGUCAUUGUGAGCCCUUCCGGCAAUAUGAUCUCUCACCGACGAGUGCGAUCAGCUUCUGCUGCGAAUCCAAAACCUAGCAAAUUAUCCAACUCCAUUGCUGCUAGCCCAACAAUUGACGAAGGCAAAUCCGGCAACCCUCAGACUGGAUUUUUCUCCUCUGUCUUCUCCGCCGCUCAGAGUGCUGCUUCAACCCUCACAAAUAGUCUCAAUGCGCAAAAGCUUCGCAAUCCAACUAUACCCGAGGCUAGAGACUCGGAGGAGCAGCCGCCCACUGACACUGCUCAUGAGUCUGAAGGUGUUGAAACUCCGGUCGAGGAAAAGAAACCUAUGGCGAUCGACACCCUGGGGUUGGGCGAUCUCAACUUUAGCCACUUGGAUAUCGCCAUGCCUCCCGGUGGGUCCGUAUCAACGCCAGAUGGGGUUGUUAUUACAAAGCCGCAUGAAGGGCUAGACAGACAGAAGAACCCUACAGUCUCGCAACGAGAUGAAGCGUCUGCGAAGCUCGAAGAUCGGCGUGUCGCUCGCGCAGUCACAAUGGCAUACGAAAAGCCCGAAAGUACAGUCAACCUACCGACGGAAGACAGCUUCGACGCUCAGACUAGCGCUGUUAUUCCUAAAGAGCCUACCGGAGCCCAUACACCUUCGGGAGCCAGCACAUUUGACGGGGAAACGUCAGUGAGACCAUAUCGAAGCAGUAGCGUACGGAGUCGGCUGGCCCGACGACGUCACCGAGGCUCGUCAGGCGCAACCUCCUCCACGAUCGGUGCGGCGGGUGCCAGUGCUAUUGCCCUUGGUGUUCCAGGUGCCAAUGCUAGUCUACCACGACUUACAGGAUUUGCUGUAGCAAGCAAAAAGCGUAAUCGGGAUUUCCACCAACUCUUCCGCAGCGUACCGGAGGAUGACUACCUCAUUGAAGAUUACAGUUGCGCCCUACAGCGAGAGAUCAUUCUGGCUGGACGCAUUUACAUAUCGGAGGGUCACAUUUGCUUCUCAAGUAAUAUUCUUGGCUGGGUUACCACACUCGUGAUCAGCUUCGACGAGGUUGUAGCGAUUGAGAAAGAGUCAACAGCAAUGGUCUUCCCAAAUGCGAUUGCCAUCCAGACCUUACACGCGCGACACACAUUCCGAAGUCUGCUAAGUCGAGAGUCAACCUAUGACUUGAUGGUCAACAUCUGGAAUAUCAACCAUCCUACCCUCAAAAGCUCCGUGAACGGUACGAGGGUCACAGAUUCUACCGGCGACAAGACGGAGAAGGCCGCAGAGAGCGAAGAUGAGAGUGAUGAGGAUGAGGAUGAAAUCUACUACGAUGAAGACGAAGACGAGGACAAUGCCGACAGCUUCACUGACGCGGGCGACGAUAGUGCGCGCGGUAGUGAUACGUCAUUACCCACGAAGAAUCUCGCGCGACAACCAUCAGGCCCUAUACCAACUGUUUCAUCUAAUCUCAGCGCCAACGGCCCCUCGAAAGGCGCCAAGGGGCCUUCAAAUGGGGAUUCUGAUAGCGAUUUCCCUGGUCCGGCUACUCAUGCGCCAACUCAGUAUGACGGGACUGACGGCCAGUAUGACAAGGUAAUCAAAGACGAAACGAUUCCAGCACCUCUAGGAAAGGUUUAUUCCUACGUGUUUGGUCCUGCCUCCGUGUCGUUUGUCCCUAAAUUCCUGGUUGAGAACCAAAAGUCAGGCGAGCUCGACUUUAACAGUGAAAAAACAGGGCUCAACAACGAGAACAAGGUCCGAAAAUACUCCUACAUCAAACCGCUCUACGGUUCUAUUGGGCCCAAGCAAACGAAGUGCAUUAGUACGGAGCAAUUGGAUUUCUUGGACCUAGAAAAGGCAGUUCUAGUCACCCUUAGCACUCAGACGCCCGACGUGCCGAGUGGAAACGUCUUUGCCACCAAGACCAAGUACCAGUUCACAUGGGCACCAAACAAUCAAACGCGAUUCCUCAUGACCUGUAAUAUCGAAUGGACGGGGAAGAGCUGGCUAAAGGGUCCUAUUGAAAAGGGUGCUAUUGACGGCCAAACCACGUUCGGGAAUGACCUGAUCGCUGCUCUAAAGACAGCAGUUGUUCCUCGCGCUCGUGCAGCAGGCCCCAAGAAUGGCGGCAAGGGUAAAUUACGACGUAAGAAGGGCGACGCCGCAGACGAGGAAGCAGUUGCAGCCAUUUCAAAGGCAGUCAAUGACGCGAACGGCAAAGCGGCUGAAUCAUGGGGAUUCUUCGAACCGCUCCGUGGUCUGUUGGGGCCAUUUGUUGGCAUAUUCAAACCCUUGUGGAAUGGCAACAUAGCAGUACUGGUCAUUGGUAUUCUCCUAUUCAUACUGCUCUUCCGCGGGCCUUCACGACAACCCGGCUUGUCGCCAGACCUAGCCUUCUCCAUGCCUCAAAGGCUCGCCGCCUACGAAGAAAUGUGGCGCAAAGAAGAAACUGAGCUCUGGAAUUGGCUGGAAGACAGAGUGGGGAUGGAUGGAAUCCCAGUCCCUAUUGUGAACCAACAAGUCGAAACUCGCUUACCGCGGAGAGCCCGAAAGCUACAAACUACGGAGCGCGAGUUGAGAGAUUCAUUGACUGAAGAUACCUUGUCAGACCGAGAGAUGGAUCACGCUAUCCGCACCACUCGGGAGCGACUAGACACCCUAGAGAGGAUUUUGUCCAAGCGAAGAGCCCAGCCUACAGCAGGGGAAGACACACCCCAUGAGGACCUCUAG